UUAAGUGCUAUCACUCUAAUCGAAGCAACGCUCAGUAUUGUUUUGGAAGCCGCUGUGAAUGCAUAAUAAGUGAAGCCGAAAGGUUUUGUUGUUUUAGUAAUACUUCAAUUAAUCGACUGCUUACAAAUAGUACAUCGAUAUUCUAUCUUCGCCAAACAUGACUAUAGCAGACGCUGUUCAACAACUUCACACAGCCUUCGCUGGUGGAAAGACUAGAAAUGUAGAUUUUAGAGAGAAACAGUUAAAAAAUUUACUUCGGAUGUACGAAGAGAACCAUGGAAAAAUGGCUCAAGCUCUGGCGAAGGAUCUCCGGAAACACAAACAGGAAGCAUAUUUGAUGGAAAUCGACUACAUGAUCAAUGAUCUACGCAGCAUUCUGUUCAACCUUCGCGACUGGGCUGAGCCAGAGAAACCAAAGAAGACUUUUGUCAAUAUGAUGGACGAAGUUAAGAUCUACAAUGACCCAUACGGUGUUGUACUGGUCAUCGGUGCGUGGAACUACCCCUUGCAAGUGACGUUAGUUCCAGUUGCUGCUGCUAUGGCUGCAGGCAAUUGUGUUCUGAUCAAACCAAGUGAAGUUGCUCCAGCUACAUCGAAGUUUAUUGCUGAGACUGUUCCAAAAUAUUUGGACCAGGAAUGUUACCGUGUAAUUGAAGGGGGAGUAAAAGAAACUUCGGAGAUUCUAAAACAAAAGUUUGACCACGUGUUCUACACUGGGUCUGGUCGCGUAGGUAAGAUUGUUCAUCAGGCAUGCUCCGCAAACUUGACGCCAUGUACUCUUGAGCUUGGAGGCAAAAGUCCCUGCUACGUGGAUAGUUCGGCAGAUAUUCCUAUUGCUACGAGACGUAUUCUAUGGGGUAAAUUUGUCAAUGCGGGCCAAACUUGCAUUGCACCGGAUUAUGUUCUCUGUACGAAGGAAGUGCAAGAUAAAUUCUUGCAAGAAGCUCGAUCAGUUCUCAAGGAAUGGUAUGGCGACGAUCCCAAAAAUAGUCCUGAUUUGAGCCGCAUUAUCAAUGAGCAACAUUUUAAGCGUUUGAAUGCAAUGCUACAAGGAGCCAAAGUAGCAAUUGGCGGCCAGACGGAUGCCAAAGACAAAUACAUCGCGCCAACUAUCGUUAUUGAUGCGAAAGACAAAGAUGCUGUAAUGCAAGAUGAGAUAUUUGGACCAAUUUUACCUAUCGUAAAUGUACACAACGCAUAUGACGCCAUCCAAUUCAUCAAUUCAGGAGACAAACCUUUGGCAAUGUAUAUAUUCAGCAAUAACCAAACGGACAGGGAGUUAAUCGUUAACAACACGUCAUGUGGUGGAAUCUGCGUAAACGAUACCAUGGGCCAUUUUGCAGUUGAAUCACUGCCUUUCGGAGGUGUUGGCCCUAGCGGAAUGGGAUCCUAUCAUGGAAAAUUUGGUUUUGACACGUUUACGCACAAAAAGGCUUGUCUUGUGAAAAAUUUCAGCGUAGUGGGUGAGAAGUUGGCCUCGUCACGGUACCCUCCAUACUCUGAUAAAAAGCUGUCCUUCUUGACAACGUUGCUCAAAAAAAGGCAAGGUAUCUCGCUAAAGUACUUGCCAUAUGCUUUAGUGUUCGGACUAGGUGUAGCUUCGGCAAUGAUCGUUAGAACUAUUUCAGAGAAACACGACUGAAAGAUUGACUGUACGGAUUAUUUCAAAUAUUUGUGUGGAGCUAAGCUAACUGUGAACCAAUAUAAUUAGUAAUACUCAACCAAA